AUGACAAAGUUCUACCAGCACAUCCUUGCUUUGGUGUUUGCUAUUGAUGAGAUCAACGAGAAUCCCACGAUAUUGCCCAAUGUCUCUCUUGGAUUCCACAUCUAUGAUAGCUAUUAUGAUUCAAAGAUGGCCUACCGAACAACUCUGGACCCGAUCUUUAAGGCAAAUCACUUUGUUCCCAACUACAGGUGUGGCAUCCAGAAAAAUGUAAUAGGAGUCAUUGGGGGACUUGGCUCUGAUACCUCCUGGUGCAUGGCAAACAUCUUAGGUCUUUUCAAGAUUCCACAGAUUUCAUAUGGUUCAUUUGAACCAGCCAUAAAUGAUGAAACCAAGUUCCCUUCCUUUUACCGCAUGGUCCCCAAUGAAGAUCAUCAGUACAAGGGAAUAAUCCAGUUACUUCUGCAUUUUGGAUGGAAAUGGGUUGGGCUGAUCACUCCAGAUAAUGAAGAUGGAGAACGUUUCUUGCAGACAAUUGAACCAAUGCUGUUCAAUAAUGGACUCUGUUCAGCAUUCACAGAAAGAGUUAAACCCAAUUUGCAUUAUGACGGUAACAUACUAGGAAUGCUGGGCACAUGGGUUUCGUUUGCACCUUUCACAGCCAGCAAAGCCAAUGCAGUUCUUGUAAUGCACUUGGCUGCAGUCAUCCGCAAAAGGAGAGAUGCUAAGGCAAAACUCUCUCCUCAGUAUAUAGAACCUUGGCAGCUGCAAUCAUUCCUGCAGAGAAUCUCAUUCAACAACAGUGCUGGGGAUGAAAUUACAUUAAAUGAAUACGGAGAAUUAGCAGCUGGCUUCGAUAUUACAAACUUGGUCACAUUCCGAAAUGGAUCAUAUGUCAGGGUCAAAGUGGGAAGAUUGGAUCCUCAGGCCCCUCCUGGCAAAGAGUUCACCAUUAAUGAGGACAGAAUCAAAUGGCACAGAGACUUCACUCAGGUGCCACCCCCUUCUACAUGUAAUGACAACUGCCUUCCUGGUUAUGGGAAGAAAAAGAAGGAGGGGGAGAAGUUUUGCUGCUAUGAUUGUGAUCAGUGUCCAGAAGGAAUGAUCUCAAAUGAGAAAGACAUGGAAACAUGUGUCAGUUGCCCAGAAGAUCAAUAUCCAAACAAUGACCAGGAUCUAUGCAUUCCUAAGAUUCCAAACUUCCUAGCCUUGGAUGAAACCUUGGCCAUCGUUUCAACUUCCUCUGCGCUUCUAUUCUCUCUGAUCACAAUUCUGGUGCUCGGCAUCUUCAUUAAGCAUCGUGAUACAGCCAUAGUCAAAGCCAACAACAGAAGCCUCACCUAUGGUCUCCUUAUCUCCCUCCUCUUGUGUUUCCUCUCUUCUUUGUUGUUCAUUGGAAAACCUAAUAAGGUGACCUGCCUUCUCCGACAAACUGCUUUUGGCAUUGUCUUCUCUGUGGCCCUCUCCAGCAUCUUAGCCAAAACCAUAUUGGUGGUUUUGGCAUUCAUGGCUACCAAACCAGGAACCAAUAUAAGGAAAUGGGUAGGCAAAGAACUGGCUUAUUCCAUUGUCCUUUCUGGCUCCAUUGCUCAAGUAGGCAUCUGUGUCGUCUGGUUGGCAACCUCUCCCCCAUUCCCAGAUGUGGACCUGCACUCAAUGACGGGAGAAAUCAUAUUUCUUUGUAAUGAAGGGUUGGACUCCAUGUUCUAUUGUGUUUUGGGCUACAUGGGCUUCCUGGCCACUGUCAGCUUCACGGUGGCCUUCCUAGCCAGAAAGUUGCCUGACACUUUCAACGAAGCGAAGUUCAUCACUUUCAGCAUGCUGGUCUUCUGCAGUGUUUGGCUCUCCUUCAUUCCAACCUACCUGAGCACCAGAGGAAAAUACAUGGUGGCUGUGGAGAUCUUCUCCAUCUUUGCUUCUGGUGCUGGGUUACUGGCUUGCAUUUUUGCCCCUAAAUGCUACAUUAUUGUGGUGAGGCCUGACCUGAACAACAAAGAGCAGCUAACACAAAGAAAGGUUUAA